UGCACAGAAGUCCCACGCAAUGCCAACAUGGAAAACCUGCGAAACCAGUAUUUGUUUCCGGAGAUUUGCAUGCGUGAAAUUCAACAUGCUCAAAAGUAUCCACAUGCAAAAUUGAUAAGACUUGGAGUUGGUGAUACCACGCAACCUAUACCACGCACCAUAGCAUCAGCCAUGGCUGAGCAUGCAAGUGCUUUAUCAACAAUUCAAGGUUAUAGAGGGUAUGGAGAUGAGCAAGGCAACAUGGCAUUAAGGAAUUCAAUUGCUAACACAAUUUAUAAAGAUUUGGGCAUUAAAGGGACUGAGAUUUUUGUAUCAGACGGUGCACAGUGCGACAUUGCUCGUCUUCAGAUGCUCCUUGGAUCCAACUUGUCGGUGGCUGUGCAAGACCCAUCCUUUCCGGGAUACAUAGAUUCGAGCGUGAUAAUUGGUCAAGCUGGAAAAUUCCAAGAGGAAACUGGACAGUACGGGAAAAUAGUGCACAUGAAAUGUGGAGCUGAAAAUAAUUUCUUUCCGGACUUGGGAAAGACUGCGAGGGCAAACAUAAUCUUCUUCUGCUCUCCGAACAAUCCAACGGGUCAUGCAGCUUCACGCCAGCAGCUUCAACAGCUCGUGGAUUUUGCCAUGGCAAAUGGGUCUAUUAUCAUUUAUGAUUCUGCAUAUGCUGCUUAUGUCUCCGACGACAGCCCCAGGUCGAUCUUUGAAAUUCCUGGUGCUACUCAGGUGGCAAUUGAGGUCUCAUCAUUUUCAAAAUUCGCGGGUUUCACGGGCAUUCGUCUAGGGUGGACAGCUGUACCAGAACAGUUACGUUAUUCGAAUGGGUUUCCCGUGAUUAAGGAUUUUGAUCGCGUUGUGUGCACCUGCUUCAAUGGCGCGUCUUCCAUUGCUCAGGCUGGUGGUUUGGCUUGUCUCUCUCCAGAGGGUUACCAGGCUGUGACUGCCAUGGUAGAUUACUACAAGGACAAUGCCAAAAUCAUUGUGGACACCUUCAGAUCACUUGGAUUGAAGGUAUAUGGUGGGAAAAAUGCACCUUAUAUAUGGGUGCAUUUUCCUGGAAAGAGGUCUUGGGAUGUAUUCACUGAGAUUCUCGAGAAAACCCACAUUGUCACAGUUCCAGGAAGGGGAUUUGGUCCCAGUGGGGAGGAGUACAUCAGGGUUAGUGCGUUUGGACACCGAGAAUCCAUAUUAGAAGCUUCAGGGAGGCUCAAAUUUUUAUUUAAUCAAUAUUAA